AUGACUCGCUACUUCCUCAUGCGCUGCGCCGACGCGCGGCUGCUUUACGUGGCGCACAAGCGCGGCGUGUGGCCCGUCUCCUACGGAGUGGUGGACCGCCUCAACGAGGCCUUUGCGGCAGGCGAACCCAUCACCCUCAUCUUUACUAUCUCCGGCUCCGGCGCCUUCCAGGGCGCAGCCCGCAUGCUCACCGCCGCGGGCACCAGCGAAGGGCCUGCUGCCACCCCGCCGCUGCGCCCGUGCUGCAGCAACCCGCUGAGCCAGCCGCAGCAGCCGGUGCGGGCGGGCAAGGACGGCACAGAGAUAGAGGCUAGUGUGGCAGAGGAGCUGCUUGGCCUCCUGGAGAGGGCGAAGGCCGCGCCCAAGCCCGAGCCGCCGCCCGGCGGCGGCGGCGAGGGCCGGCAGCAGCAGCAGCAGGCGGCGCGGGGCGGCGGCACGCCUCCCGGGGUGGUGGCGGGCCUGGGGCCCGUGCCGGCGAUGGUGGGCGCGGGGCUGAUGGGCAUGCCAGACGCCUCGUUCAUGAUGGGCAUGAACCCCUUGAUGGCCAUGGCGAUGAUGAACCCCAUGGCGGCCAUGGGCAUGGGGGCAGGCAUGAUGAACCCCAUGGCGGCGGCGAUGAUGGCCAUGGGACACAUGCCGGGCAUGAUGCCGGGAUUGCGUCCUGCCGUGAUGCCGGGGCCGGGAGGGGCCGGCGCGCUGGCGGGCGCCACGGGCGGCGCCGACGCGGGUGCGGCCGUCAAAGCCGAGCCGGGUGUGAAGGCGGAGCCUGGGGUGGAGCGGCUGCAGGACGGGCUGCCGCCCGGGUUUGGGGCGGGCGGUGGUGGCGGGCGGUACCGGGAGCGGGACGAGCGGUACGAUCGGGAGAGGGAGCGGUACUACGGCCCGCGCGGCGGCUACCGCGACGGCCCACCUUUCAGGGACGGCCCUCCUCCCAACGGCUUCCGAGACGGACUGCCGAUGUACAGGGACGGCCCGCCGCCGCGGGACCACGACCGCUUCUUCGAGCGGGGGCCGCCCGGCCGGGGCCCCGCCCCCGGGAUCGACCACGGGCAGCGGGACUUCCGAGAAGGGCCGCCGCCCAGCAGGCACGCCUGCACAAAUGCGCUGGCUGGCAGAGGGCGGGAGGGGGAGUAUGGCGGGCCGCCAGGCGGCAGGCCGCGCGAGCGGGACGACCGGCCCGACCUGCUUCGCAUGAGCUAUGAGGAGUAUGUGGAUCGCUUCAGCCAGCUGAAAGAGGUGCAGGGCGGCAAGCCCGCGCCGGCGGCCACGGCGGCGGCGGCCUCGGCGGCGAGCGGCGGCGAGGGCAAGGAGAACGGCGCGGAGAACGGGGCUGCCGAGAGCGGGGGUGGAGAUGGCGGCGGGGGUGGGGAUGCUGCAGGCGGCGGCGGCGGCGAGCCGGGCGGCGGCGGCGGCCCGGCGGCGGCGGCAGAGGGCGGCGUCGGCGGCGGCGGCCCCAACCUUCAGGCAAUGGCGGAAGACGAGUAUGUGGAGUACUGCCAGAGGUUCAGCGCUCAGAUGGGCAUGCCCUUUGAUGCCGACAUGGUGCGGCAGCACUACCGUGGAGCCAAGGCCGCGCUGGCGCAGGCGGCAGCAGCGGGGGGCGGCGGGUGACCCGUCCCCCCCAUCCAGCCAAGGCGGCGCUUCCACGCGAGAUGGUUACAGGCUGGGGCAGCACAGCAGGACGACAACAGUUGCGGCGGCCGGACGUGCGUCCUCGCGGUGCCGCGCCUAAUACAUUCAUCCAGUUGGCCCGGCGUGGGCAGUGUUCGGCCAUGUAAGCGGGAGAUGGGC